AUGACAUCAAUUAUAAAAUUGGAAGCUUUAUCAGGAGUUCAAGAUGACGGGCCACUUUGUUAUCUUCUACAGGUUGAUCAAGUUUACUUCUUACUUGAUUGUGGUUGGGAUGAACGUUUCGAUUUGGCCUAUAUAGAAGCUGUGAAACGUCGAGUACCGCUGAUCAAUGCUGUUCUUUUAUCAUACGCUGAUAUACCACAUUUAGGAGCUUUACCUUACUUAGUACGAAAAUGUGGCCUUAAUUGUCCAAUAUAUGCAACGGUCCCAGUAUACAAAAUGGGUCAAAUGUUUUUAUAUGAUUGGGUGAAUGGUCAUACAAGUGUCGAAGAUUUUAAUUUUUUUAAUUUAGAUGAUAUUGAUUCUUCGUUUGAACGAGUCCAACAAGUGAAAUAUAGUCAGACGGUCUUGUUGAAAGGUGAUAAUGGCUUACAAAUUACUCCUCUCCCAGCUGGUCAUAUGAUAGGUGGUGCAAUAUGGCGUAUUACAAAAAUGGGUGAUGAAGAAAUUAUUUAUGCGGUAGACUUUAAUCAUAAGAAAGAGCGUCAUCUCAACGGAUGUACUUUUGAAGGUAUAGGAAGGCCUAAUUUGAUGAUAACUGAUGCAUUUAAUGCUAUGUAUAAUCAGCCUCGUCGAAAGCAAAGAGAUGAACAAUUGGUGACAAAGCUUUUGAGUACGAUACGAGAUGGUGGUGAUGUUAUGAUUGUUAUUGAUACAGCUGGAAGAGUUUUAGAAAUUGCGCAUUUGCUUGAUCAAUUAUGGCAUAACGCAGAAGCUGGUCUCAUCACCUAUAAUUUAGUGAUGUUAAAUCAUGUUGCAUCAUCUGUUGUAGAAUUUGCUAAAUCACAAGUUGAGUGGAUGUCAGAUAAAAUUUUAAAAUCGUUUGAGACGGGUCGCUACAAUCCAUUUCAGUUUCGUCAUGUUCAACUAUGUCAUACUCAUACUGACCUCAUACGAGUCCGGAGUCCAAAGGUGGUUUUGGUUAGUGGUCUUGAUAUGGAAAGCGGAUUCUCUCGCGAAUUAUUUUUAGAAUGGUGUUCAGAUCCAAAAAAUACAGUAAUUGUCACAGGCCGAUCUGGAGAUCGAACUUUGGGAGCAAAAUUAAUUCGAAUGGCUGAACAAAUCACAGAAAAUCCUGCACAGGUUAAUCGUCACUUAACGUUGGAAGUAAAACGUCGUAUUCGCUUGGAUGGUAUCGAACUAGAAAAUUAUCGCGCUACAAAACGUGCCGAGGAACGUGAAGCGACUCGCAUCAGACUAGAGACAUCUCGUCGGAAUGCACGUCUUGAGCAAGCAGAAUCUUCUGACGAUAGUGACGAUGAAGCUAUUUUUGCUGCUGCAGCAAAUGCGGCAGCACUUGGUGAAAAAUAUUCACUUGACAAAAAAGGAGCAAUAUCAUUUCAACAAUCGAAUCCAAUUAAUAUUCUUACAUCAGGCUCAAAUAGUAUAAUAUUUGAUUUGAAUAAACUAAGUGCAGCACAAAUCGCAGAACAGCGUUCGCAUGAUAUUAUGUGGAGAUGGGAACAACAGCAGAAGUCAUCGUUUUUCAAACAAAGCAAAAAAUCUUUUCCUAUGUUUCAAUAUAUUGAGGAGAAAACAAGGUGGGAUGAUUAUGGCGAAAUAAUCAGGCCUGAGGAAUAUAUAAUAAAUGAUUUAUCUAAUAUAUCGCAAGUCACUGAUAGAUCACUCGAUACAUCUGUAAACGGUGGGAAAAGUCAAGUAUUACUACUUCCUGAAGAGAAGGAAUGGCCUACUAAAUGUAUUAGCCAAAUUAUAAAAUUGGAGGUGUUAUGUAAAGUGGAAUUUAUCGAUUUCGAAGGGCGUUCUGAUGGAGAAUCUUUGAAAAAAAUUCUCACACAAAUUAAACCCAAACAGCUUAUAAUUGUUCAUGGAUCUCCUGCUUCGACAAGACAUUUAGCGCAAUUUGCAAUGCAAAACGACGUUGUUCAGGGUAAAAUUUUCACUCCAAGACUGGGAGAAGUUGUGGAUGCUACAAUAGAAUCACAUAUUUAUCAAGUUACAUUAAGUGACUCGUUAAUGUCUUCAUUAAUAUUUCAGUCGGUGAAAGAUGCUGAAUUGAGUUGGCUUGAUUCGAGAAUACUUCUCCGGAAAGUAAUUACGGAGGCUCAGAAUGAAUUUGAAAAUGAAAAAGAGAAUGUUACUGAUGAUGUUGAAAUGGAAAAUGCCGACAGUGAAGUUAAUAAAAGAUUAUGUAGUAUCAAAGUCGAUUCUGAAACGUAUUGUUUAGAACCAAUUAUUAGCAGUAAUAUUCCUCCCCAUCAGGCCGUUUUUGUUAAUGAUCCUAAAUUAUCCGAUAUGAAGCAAUUACUUAUGGCUAAUGGAUUCCACGCUGAAUUCAAUGGAGGUGUACUUUAUAUCAAUAAUAUUGCGAGUAUACGAAGAAAUGAAGCAGGUCGAUUUCACAUUGAAGGAUGUAUUUCAGAAGAUUAUUAUAAAAUUCGUGAUAUCGUUUAUGCCCAGUUUGCUAUUGUUUAA